ACUUCAUCCAUUAAAACCAUGAGCUCCAAACAAAAAGCUGAAACAAUGGCAGUUAUUAAAAAUCAAACCAUGGCAGGUGCAGACCCAUCUGGAGUUCAGCCAUUCAUUAGAGGGAAACUGCUUGAUGUCAUGGUGUACAAGGGUCACAUCACUCAGCUGUCAGUGGAUGCUAUUGUAAAUGCUGCUAAUGGUAGGCUAGCUCAUGGGGCAGGAGUAGCAAGAGCUAUAGCUGAUGCAGCUGGUGAUGACUUGCUCAAGGAAGGAAACAAGUAUAUUCGAGAGCAUGGUAUAAUCGGUGUGACUGGUGUUGCAGAUACCACAGCUGGAAGACUACCCUGCAAGAUGGUGCUUCAUGCUGUUGGACCAGCCAUGUAUGAUUAUAAGGACGAGACACAGUGUCUGGAAGAUCUCUGUAAGACCAUCCUGAGAUGUCUGUGUGAGGCGAGAAACCUGAAUAUGUCAUCUGUUGCUAUUCCAUCUAUCAGUUCAGGUAUUUUUGGAGUGCCAAAGCCAUCUUGUGCUGAGAUGUAUGUGAGAGCUGUGAAAUCCUUCGACACAAUGGUUACUGGUGGCUCACUGAGACAAGUUCACUUUGUGGAUGUCAGUGACACCAUGCUGCAACUUAUCCAAAAUGAAUUUGUAAACGAAUGGGGCAAACAGCUGGAUGAUCAUUUCUUAAGACGUGACAGUAAAUUCAUCAAGCAGUGUCUUAAUGAUGUUUCUGGACGGUCAUCCCCAGCUGGACAGGGUACUUCACCGGUUCACUCCUCAAACUCUGCAGGUACAUCAGGUUAUGCAGCAGCAGAAACUGGUGGAAAAAUCAAUUCAUCCACAUCAGCAGCAGGUGGUGGGAUCCAAGUUAUUGUAUACAAGGAUGACAUUUUUAACAUUGUUUCUGAUGCAAUUGUUUGCUGGAAAAAUCCCACUUUUUCUGUAGGAGACCAAGUUGUAGCUCAGAAGAUAUUUGACAGAGCCGGAGAGAAAUACAAAAAACAGUUGAAGGAAAUUAAAAAGAAGCAUACUUUUUUAGUUUUUAGUGGUUUGGUCUUUUCAGCUUACUGUGAAAAUAUGAACCAGAAAUUGGUCGUCCAUGGGGUCAUCAGUCGCAAUGGUCCAAAUGUGUCUAAUUUAAAGAAAAUGAUCCCAGAAAUUAUUGUUGAAGUUGAUGACAAAAAGCUGAUAUCAGUUGUUAUUCCAGUGUUUCGAGGCUUAUCAGAUGGUGUGAAAGGUUUCACGGAAACUCUUUGCACAGCUGUUAAGGACUUUUCAAGGAAGAAGCCCCACUCCAGUCUGAAGCAAAUAUAUGUUGUUGACAUUGACCAGAAAAUUGUUGAUGUUGUCAGUGGAAUUGUUCAAAAGAGUGGAAUCAAUAAUGAAACACAAAGUCAAGAAACUCACACUUUGCAAGAUCCGCUGUCACAGAGCUCAUCAAGCCCAUAUCAUUCAGUUGGUGGUGCAGAUGCUGCUGAUAACUGUGCAAUUUGCAUGGACACAAUUACAAACCCCAAAAAGCUGACAAAGUGUGGCCACACUUUUUGUAAAGACUGUAUAGACACCCAGUUCCAGAAUUACAAACCUGUUUGUCCAAACUGUGGAGAGUUGUAUGGUAUGCUCACUGGUAACAUGCCAACAGGUGGCAAAAUGGCUGUUUCUCACAGUUCCACCACUCUUCCUGGAUAUGGAUAUUGUGGACAUUACUGCAUCAUUUACUCAUUUCUAAGCGGGAGACAAACAAAAGAACAUCCAGAGGAAGGAAAGUGGUAUUCAGGUAUCACACGCACAGCAUAUAUACCAGAUACACAAGAAGGUCGCACUGUGCUUGCCAUGUUGAGAGUUGCCUGGGAACGGCGACUCACUUUUACUAUUGGAAGAUCUGUGACGACAGGCCAAGAAGGGGUCAUAACUUGGAAUGACAUUCAUCACAAAACAAAUACAUAUGGUGGUCAAAACAAAUUUGGUUAUCCAGACCCUGGGUACCUUGCACGUGUGAAGGCAGAACUGGCUGACAAGGGAAUCACAGAAGAAAGCAUUCAAGAUCCAAAGUAUAAGAAAUUAACUGGCAUGUUUUAGAAGAAAAAAUUGAUGCUUAGCGCCAAGUUAUAUUAUUUUUAAAGACAUGCUUAUUAAUUUAUGUGUGUACAUAUAUUGAUUGAAUUUUGCACAAUGUAUCACUGCUGGCAAUGUAUUUGUGUGGGUUUUUCUAUUUCACAUAACUAGUUUAUAUCAACACAAUACAAUAAGAACAUUGUUGUGGUUUGUUUAAAAUGCUGUCAACUACAUGUAGUUCGUUUGUAUUGGUGGUCUCUGGAGACUUCAUGGAAAAUCUUACAUUUGUAUUGUGUGCUUACACAAAAUAUAAUGAACCUCAAUAAACAUUCUUGUGGUUUGUUGAAAAUAAUGUUGUUAACUAUAGUACAUGUACAUUUGUAUUAGUGCACUCAUAAAAUCAUUCAUUUUUGUGUUUGCGUGUGUUUACACAAAUUGUAAUGAGCCUCAGUUGUAACAAUGACUGAAUUCUAGUAAUGAAUAGAAUAUUUAGUUUAAUUCAUACCACAAUUUCCGUGCUUUUUCAGAGGAAAUAUCAGAAUGUUAGGUGCUUGUAUUAUUAUAGAACAAGAACAAUUGCAGAAUAGCAUUCUCUUAUUACUGUCGGUUCAUACCGGUAUUUAGUUUUGGAGUAUGUGAAGUAAAUUUUGAAAUUCAAAGUAAUUAUUCACUGAAAUGUAUUAGAAUAAAUCCACUCAGUAAAUAUAUUUUUUUAAGAGACUGUAAUAUGCUUCUGACUGAUGGAACCCUUUUAACAACUAAAACUACUUAUUAAGUCAACUUGUUUGAUUUAGAAUAUCAUGACUUUCUUGUCAUCUUGAUGCUUGUAGUCACCCAAAAUAGAUGUUACCUCCCAAUACAAUAUACAGACACUGAUACUUUAAACAAUUUUUUUAAUAUACAGUAAAGUACUCUUAUAACGAACUGCAAGGGAUCAGGAACAUUGGUUCGUUAUAGCAGUAGUUCGUUGUAAACAUAUACAGAAGUUAGCCGUUUUCAUUCAGGAAGUCGGCCAUUUUGGAUUUUUCAAAUUUAAACACCAUAAACACAAGAAUUAGUGGGGUUUUUUUUUAAUAUUUCAUUUAUUAUCACCAAUAGAAGUAAAUAUGCAAAUAAAUACAGCAUGUUGAAUCAAAUGAGUGUUCAGUCAGUCAUGUUUUGAAAUAAAGUUGCUUACUUUUAUCUGCUUAGUGAGCGUUGGUCUCACUGCAGAGCUAUAGUGAUGUAGGCAAUCGAACGAAACGCAGGCAAAGCUACAUGUACAUCAACUUUUCUUUGGAAAACAGUGUUGUCGUGUCCAUCAUGAUUGCACAUCUACCGAAUACUGUUCAACAUUUCAUAACAUUUAUGUUACCUACCUUCAAAACAAAAUAUCCGGUUAUUUAAUGCUAAUUACAAUGACUGUAUAAUGAGUUUCACGUGUCAGUCGUAUUGUUGGAUACCAGCACUUAAACAAGCACACAAUAGCAGAGAAGUGAGAUCAGACGGUUCAUUGCUCACUGUAUUAAUCCCUUAAUUGAUACCAAUCUACUACGUAACGACAAGCGGACGUUAUCUGAUUGGACUUACAAGUGCAGUUGUUUUGAAUGCAUUGUCGCUAAUGCUACUGAUUGAUAAGAUGCAAGUGAAUUGCAUGUGUCAGUCUUCUUGUGGGAUACCGGCAAAAUGUCAAUGAAGAGAUGGAGACUUAAACAAGCGAACAAUAGCAGUGAAGUAAGAUCAUACCAUUAAUUGUUCACAAUCGACUACGUAAAUUCACGCAGACGUUAUCUGACUGAUCUUAUCAGUAUAGUCAUUUUUGAUGCAUUGCCAUUAACAAUUAUGAUUGGUUCGCUGUGUAUGCACUAAUUUAUACUGAAAUUCACAAUUUUGACAAAAAAUUGGUUCGUUUUAACAAUUAAUUCGCUAUACAUGGUUCGUUCUACACAUUAAAAUGUAUUACUAAUAUAUAGAGGGGAAGAUCGGGACAUUACAAUCAGUUCGUUCUAACCGGUAAUUUGUUAUAAGCGUGUUCGUUCUAAAAGUAAUUUACUGUAAUAUGUAAUUUAGGUGUUAAAAAGGCUUUGUUACUGACGGUCAAAAGCAUUUUAACAAUGACAGCUAGUCUGUCUACAUGUAUCUAGUAAUCCAUUAAUCUCUUCAAUAUUCUAUUUAUAACUGAUCCAUAAAUCUGAGGUGGUUUGUGAUUUUAGGGGUGUGUGUGUGUAUAAAUUUUGCAUCAUUCAUGCCUGACCUUUGAGACAUGAAAUUUAUAUUAUUUUCAUUGCAGAUACCAGUUGUUGUUUUCAAAACUUACAUGUUGCGAACAUGCACUAAGCUAGAUGCAUAUUUGUGAGAGAGAAUAACAUGUUGCAAUAUUAAUAUGACUUGCAGCAGUGAUCACAUAAUGGUUUUGAUGACAAAUACACAGUGAUCACCUCAUAGUAGCAUUGGCGAAAUAGUUUUAAAAAAUCAGAAUGUAGUGUCCUUGGGAGUGCCACCUAACAUUAAUUCAUGGACACAAUCAACCAAUAGACUUAGACUGUUUUCUAUAGAGAUACGAGUGAUCACGAUAAUGGAUUUUGUCAUUCACAUUUGUAGAUUUUUUUUAAUUAUUAUUUUUUUUUAAUCUUGAAAAUACAUUCAUAUUAAUAGUAGUAUUAGUAAUACUUGUCAUAAUAAAGUUGUAUAUUAUUUUAUUUCAAGAGA